UGGAGCCAAUUUUACAAUAUGAAGAUCAAAGUUCAAGUCAUGUUAGCCUAUCUCCUCAUUGUAUUUCUACUUCUUCCAUCCUCACAAUCUCAUUAUUCCUCAAUACCCAUGCAAAUUACAGUUAACCAUGAUAUGAAGACAAGACCUCCCAAACCAAACAGGUUCUUGUUAGCUGCUUGGGAACAUGGAACAAAUGUGAAGGGUAACAUGAAAAAGGUUCCAUCAGCUCCAAAUCCAAAAGGAAACCUGCAUCCACCAUCCAAGCCAUGAAUAUAUAUAUAUAUAUAUAUAUAUGAAGUGGAUUCAACUGUGUUAUUGUUUCUCUCUGCUAAAACCUAGUGCACGCAUAUACUAUUAGUUAGGGAAAUUUGUGUGAAAUCUUGUUUUCUUCUUCAAUUGAUGCAUCCAAUAUGGGGUUUUAAAUAUGCUUUAUUAAUUUUUUGUCAGAGAGCUUCCUCAGGUCUUUGUAGUUUUAAUACGUGACAAUGUUUGUUUGGAUUGAGUUGUAAAGAGUUUAAUGUUGUUUUAAGUUAAUUUUCGAAUUUGAAUGUUGUGAUUGGAAAAAUAAUAUUAGAAAAUUUUGUUUUUCAUUUAAA